CAGGUAUUACAUUUGUCCAGGGAAUGGGCCUGGUGUAGGUCCUGGAGAUGGGCCAAAUGUAGGUACUUGGAUGGGGUCUGCGGAUGGACCAGUGUAUGAUCAGGAACUGGGCAGGGUGUGGGACCGGGACUGGUGCUCUGCUUCGAGAUGUAUGUGCAUGGUGUUGUUGGUGUUGGAGCUUGGCCUGGCCAAGAUUCUAGAAGUGUAGGUCCUGGAGGUGGGCCAGGAGGUGAGGGUCGUGGUGAUAAUCCAAGGCGUUGUUGGCCCAGGAGUUUGGCCAGGUCUGAAUGAUGUAGUUGAGAGGAGAGGAGGAUGGUGCAGUUGAGAGGAGUGAGGAGGAUCGUGUUAGUGUCAUUGGGUCACGGGCGGUGCUGGAGCUGUUGAAGCAUGACUGAAAGAUUCGUUGUUUGGUGGUUGGAGGGCAAGGAGACGCCGACAAGAAGGAACAAAACCGACCAACCAAACAGAAAAUGAAGAUGGUCCUCGUGACUAUGAAUAGUAGCGCGUUGAUACUAGUUUUAGCUUUCAGUUUCUCGCUUGUGAACGGCUUGGUCAGCCCCGAGGCAAUAGAGCAGAUUCGCCAUGGCCAAGUCUCCAUCACACACGGCUGGUUACCACCAGAUCUGACAAAGUCACUCAAGAAAGAUGCCCAGUUCCUUUUUCAACAAGGUCAUUUCCGGCCAGACGGCUUGACGAACACGGCUCUUUCCAAAAACCGACAAGGAUUUUCGGCGGCAGCUGAUCGACAAACCUUUCGAGGCGGAGCUGGCUGGAAUGACAAUGAGGGAAACUUGGAAGCACGUCAAGAAUUCGCCAAACGUAUGCGAGAAUUGCGUCUUCAAUUGGCUCGGGGUCUGGACCGUCCCACCUUGGCCACAGAGCGCACUGUGAAACACGAAAUGACAUUUAAUUGGUAUGAACCAGGGGCCAAGCUGGGCCGCCAUUUGGACGAGCACCACGAAGAAACCAAAGGCCUGAAGGGAUGGAUGCUACCCACCCGAAGGUCUGUCACCUGGCUGGUCUACUUGAACGAUGGCUGGUUGGAUUCCGAAGGAGGGGCAUUGCGAACCUUCCCACGAGAGACAAAAAGCACCCAUCCAGUGGGAUCACACAAUGGCAAUCUUCAAGUAGGCUGGUUGAACAAAAAUGAACCUGUCUUUCUGGAUGCCUUCCGACCAAGUGGUGGAUCCGCAUUAUACAAACUGAACGAUAACAGCAGCAGUGGCACCAAAAUAUUAUCUGUGGCAGACUUUGAUGUGCCGAGGCAACCCAUCGAUUUUUCGGCUUUUCUGGAAAAGCAGCAUCGAACGUCUUUUGAGCAAAUUUCCACAGCACGCCUGGAUCCUCGCUUUGCGGCUACCAGCAACAAGAACGACAAUACACAAAUCGCAAAAUUGGCCAAGUCGUCGUCACAAGAAACAGUGCUUCAACAGCAGAACGACGGGCAUCACUUGGAUAUUGUUCCAGCCGCAGGGACACUGGUUUUGUUUGAUUCGGUGACACUUCCUCAUCUUGUGAGAGAUGUGACGGGAACCAGGCAAAGAAUUGCCGCCACAGGUUGGUUCCAUGAAGAUAGUUGCUUCUCCCUAGAAGAAGUAUAAUAAUCACUAAAUGUUGGGUCGGGAUACACCGUGGUCCCACGAAGCGAAGCAAGUAACCCCGCUAUAGCUUGCUAUUUUUUAAUAACACAUACGUCCAGGUAGUCCAGUUAGUUUUACCAGUAGUGCU